AACGAGGAAAGCAACGCGACCUCGCCUUCCCGUCUCCUUCCUCCCUCCUCGCGCUCUCCUUCCGUCGGCUCGGCCGCUAGGUUCCUUCCACAGCACAGCACAGCACGCGUAUUCUCCAUUCCCUUUCACACCUCCUCCUCCUCCUGCUGCUGCUCCCUAUAUACCUCGAUCACCAGCUAGCACGCACCAACCGAAUUCAUUCAGACACACACCACACCACCAGCCCACUUGCUACUCAAGCUCAAGCUCAGCUACCUCUCCCCAACACCGUACCCCAGGACAGGAGGCGGCAGCUGCUGAGCUGAGCAUGGCGGCGUCUCCCGAGUUCUACAAGCCCCCCGCCGCCGCCUUCUCGUCCCCCUGCGCCUCGCCGCUCCCAGCCCCAGCCGAGGACUACCGCUACACCACCUGCCGGACGCCGACGGGCAGCGGAAUCAGCUACCUCAAGGAGCCCACCACCUGCCCGCCGGCGCCCAGGAAGCCCCCCUUGUGCAAGAAGCGCCUCUUCAAAGGGGGCGACACCGACGCGGCGGAGGUCCCCCUCAUCAGCCUGCGCCUCCACGAGCUGGAGCGCGUCUUCCGCCCCCACCCAAACGGCGACAAGCGCCGACGCUCCGCCACCGACAGGAACAACAACAAACAAACCACCUUGUUGGAUGCAACCUACCUAGCUAGCUAGCUAGCAAGAUUCAUUCCACACGCAACGCAACCACUUCUUAGCUUAGUUACUGCUGCUGCUGCAUAAUUAGUUCGUUGUUACUACGACAAGCUUAGCCAAGCCAGAAAAUGUACUUAUGCUUCAAUAAUGUAACCAUCAUCCACCGUUGUAAAUCAAAGUUGCCCUGCCAAAUACACACUACUCGGUAAAAUUUCACAUUAGUGCGUGUUUC